GUGAUAGCGAUAGCAACAUGCAAAUCGACGGUAGCAUUUAGUCUACUUCUACCAAACCGUAAUUUGUUCCGUUUUUUAAUAAUUUAUUUUUAGUAGGCGAUAAAUUAUUAUCGACAUUAAUAAUUGGCGAUUCAAAGAUUUCUACUCAAGCAAAUACAACUAUCUUACAUAAUGCGAGCGAUGAUAAUUUAAUUAACAACGGAACCGAUAAAACAUCGAAUAAUCAGGCGAUCGAUGAUUUAACGGUUGAAUUGCAAAGUUUAAUGGAAGCCAAUGCUAAACUCCAAAUAGAAUGCAAUAAUGUGUUAUCAUUAAAAGAUAUCAAUGAUAAACUUCGUUUAGAAAAUGAUAUGAUACGUCUUGAAAUAACCGAAUUACAAAAUCAUCGAUUACGUAGGUCGCUCUAUCUACUUUCUCUCGGACAAUAUAGUCAUGUUGUUUGA